AAAAAUCUUCCCACAUAAAUAAACCGUACAUCCACUUGUCCACGGCCUGUGCAAGUGAGAGUGAACCUCAUCGCAAUAAUAAUCACCUCGCAUUGCCCCCACUGCAAGAAUUCUUCCCUUUGCCCUUCUAAUAUUCUUCACCCAAAUCCUUCUUACCGCUCAAUUCCUCUCCAUUUUCAUCAUUGUAUUCAAGAAAACAAAGGGUACCCACAUCGUCUAUUGUUGUCAAGAAUAUGCCUUCCGAUUCCGGGUCGGGUUUUCCAUCAACGGUGAGAAUCUCUGGCCUCAACACCACCGGAAAAGGUGGGCCAGCUUUCGUUGGUCAGGUUUUUAGUAUGUGUGACCUUUCUGGGACCGGUCUUAUGGCUGUUUCUACCCAUUUUGACAUACCCUUUCUCUCCAAAAGGACACCAGAAUGGCUGAAGAGAAUGUUUGCAACAGUUACCAAGAGCGAAAGGAAUGGUCCAGUAUUUCGUUUUUUCAUGGAUCUCGGUGAUGCAGUUUCUUAUGUUAAAAAGCUGAAUAUUCCUAGUGGAGUGGUGGGUGCAUGCCGUCUUGAUUUAGCAUAUGAACAUUUUAAGGAAAAACCACACUUGUUCCAGUUUGUUCCGAAUGAGAAACAGGUCAAGGAAGCCAACAAACUGCUUAAGACGAUGCAGCCGUAUGAUGGAAGAAAAAGGGUGGACGGUGUUCCUGUUUUCAGUGCUCAGAACUUAGAUAUUGCUAUAGCAACUACAGAUGGUAUAAAAUGGUAUACUCCUUACUUCUUUGACAAAAACAUGUUAGAUAGCAUUCUUGAAGAAUCUGUUGACCAACAUUUCCAUUCACUGAUUCAAACAAGACACAUGCAACGCCGAAGGGAUGUUUUUGAUGACAACAUGGCUGCCGAAGUAAUUGAAGAGAUGGGAGAUAGUAUGUGGGAGCCUCCUGAGGUGCAAGAUGCGCUGGAUGAAGUGGGUCAACCAGCAAUACCUUUGAGUGUAAUAUCAAAGGCUGCUGAAAUUCAACUUCUACAUGGUGUUGAUAAAGUUCUUCUAGGGAACAGGUGGUUGCGGAAAGCGACAGGAAUUCAACCUAAGUUUCCUUACUUGGUUGACUCAUUCGAAAAGAGGAGCGCAGCUUCUUUCCAGAGAGCGUGUAGGAUUUCCCGUUGUGUUAAUAAUUCUGAGUUGGAGGCUAAUAAUAACCAACUACAAUGCAUCGGCACCUCAGCUGUCGAAGGAGCAGAUAAUGUCUCUAAUAAGAAACGACUAGGACUGGAUCUCCGGCUCCCUUUUGGGGGCUGGUUGAGUCCUGCAUGGAGUAAAGGACAGAAGCAGCAGAUAAUACAAGAUAAAAGGGAAUGCAGAGAACUAAGUCCAUCACCUUUGCUUCCAAAGAUUACUAUGGUUGGCAUCUCAAUGGGUGAGGCAGGGCAGGUGAGCAAAGCCACUUUGAAGAAGACAAUGGAGGAUUUGACGAAAGAACUGGAACAUACAGAUCAGAAGAAUUCGUCUGGGAAUAGUGUUGAUGAAAUAGCAUUUGAGGAGAGGGAUCCUUUAUUCGUAGCUAACGUUGGUGACUAUCAUUCUAGUGCAUCAAAGGGAGGUUCAGCCCGAUGGGUUCGAGGAGGAGCCUUUUAAGCAACCUCAGACCAAGUUUUGUUCCUUCUCAAUUAGCUGCUUACAAUGUAACACUAGGAAAUUAUUGAAUGUAAAUGAGUUACGUUGUUGCAUGGCUUUAUAUAUUGGAGCUAGUGAGAUGGUUGGUUUUCUCAGUUAUAGCGGAAUGCAUGAGGCAAAAAUUGGUUAGAAUAGAUCAUAAUCAUAAGCAGUGGUUUUAAGGGAGGACGGGGAUUAGAUAUGGGAUUGAGAUUUUAAUCCCAGCAUCUGUUGUAGCAUAUAUUGUAGCAAUGUAUACUUAAGAUUUUUAGCAGUUGUAUCUUCUAAACUACUGAGUCUCUUAAUGAUCCAUCAAACCUCACCUCAA